AUGGAUGAACAAAUAAAAUUUCUAUUAAGAAAUAUUAAAAAUAAUUUAAUAGAAAAAAUUCUACUACCAAAAGAAAAUAUAGAUGUAAAAUAUGCAAUAAAUAUAAUAAAAAUUAUAAUAAAAAAGCAUAUUGAAUUAAAUAAUAAUUUUUUAGAAUUAUUUAAAAAAUUAGAUGAAAACUUGGGAAAUUUAAAUUAUACAGUUUUUAAUUCUAAAAUAACAAAAAGUAAUAAUUGUCAUGUUUUAAGCAAAGAUGAAUUUUUAAAAAAAAAAAAAGAAGAGAAAAUUUUGAAAGAUAAAUUAUGUAAUGUUGAAAAUAUAAUUAAAAAUAUAACAACAACAUUUUUGGAUUCAUAUGAUAACAUCAAGAAAAUAAAAGAAUUAUAUCUAUUCUUUUAUAUGUUUAUUUUUAAAUUUUCUUUUGAUAAAAUUAUGUUUAAAAAUUAUAUAUAUGGUAAUAAUGACAUCAAUAGUAACAAUAAAUUAACAAAAAUAAGUGACAACAUUAAUGCCUUUAUUUCGUUAAAUAAAAUUAGCGAAUAUGAAUUUAUAUGUUAUAUAUCAAAAAUUAAAUUUCUAACUAAAUUUUAUUCAAAUAAGGAUAUAAAUAAAUUUAUAAAAAUUUGUCUUUAUAAUAAUUUUAAUUUUAAUUUUUUAAAAGAAAUUAAAGUUUUUUUUUUCUUAACUACUAUUAUAUAUUAUAUUGAAAAUGAUAUAAAACUAAAAAUAAAAAUUAAUAAUUUAAUAAUUAAUAAUAUGUAUACACAUAUAAUAAACAUAAAAAAAUAUAUUUUAAUUCUUUCUUAUAAUCCAUAUAUAAGUAAGAUGAAAAAAAUAUCAAAUAUAUUUUAA